GUGAGUGAAGACGUACCUCAAGAUAACACAUACAUCUACUGACGGAAAAACUCCGUUAACCCGUUACCUAAAUACAGCAUUGAUAGACUGCAGAGCAGAUAGAUAGAUGAGCGAUCGUGUGAAGAUGUACCAGAUAAAUACAUCUACUGUUGGGACAUAAACCAUUUUUUUUACGAAUCCACAGACAUUCUACGGCAACUAUGAUCGUACGGCGUUGGUACGUCAAGUUCUUUACCAUGGUAUUGUUACAAGAUAUCUACGCAUUGUACCCAAGACAUUCCAGGCUAAUACACCAUGCUUGAGCACAGAAAUAUAUGGAUAUCCUUUCCAGUCAAGUUGUUCCAGUCACAGCGUUGGUAUACCAAAUCAUAGUUUGGUACCAGAUCACAGGUUUACAGCGACAUCCGUCUUUAACAAACGCUACCCAGCUUAUGGUAGUAGACUUAAUGAAGAGAGAGCCUCUUGGGCACCAAAAACGAACUUAGAUGAUGACUAUUUACAGAUAGACCUUGGUGAUAUGUUCUACGUAUGUGCUGUAGCUACUCAGGGAAUCAACUGGAGGCACAUAAUUGAAUAUGUCACAAAUUACAAAGUUAUGUACUCAAAGGAUGACAUUCAGUGGACUACCUACAACGAGAGUGGAGUAGAAAAGAAUUUUCCUGGAAAUGUAGGCAACCGUAAAGCGGUUACAAAUUCAAUAACAAACCCAUUUAAAGCCAAGUUUGUCCGUAUCUUACCAACUGGAUACGUUUCGCACAAAACCAUGCGUGUUGAUUUCAAAGGACUCCCUUCAGCUUGCACCUCGUCGCUUGGUCUUGAGAAUUCGCAAAUACCAGACAAUCAAAUAACGUCACAUUCGUCAUCGGAUGAUUACCAUACUGCACCACGUGGUCGUCUCUAUGGUAACUCCUCAUGGUGUAGCUCCAAUACAUCCAAUAGCGAGUACAUACAGGUUGACCUUGGACAGAUCAAGACAGUGACAGGUAUUGCAACACAAGGUGACAAGGCUUUGGACAAGUGGGUGACGUCAUAUAAAGUCAGGUACAGCUUUGAUAACAGAUACUGGAACGAAUACAAAGAAGGACAGUUUUCAAAGGUCUUCGUUGGCAAUACAAAUAGGAAAGACGUUAUUGUGCAGUGGCUCUCUCGCCCAAUAGCUGCGCGUUAUGUCAGAAUUCUUCCCCAAGCUUGGCACAAUGGAACCUGUGUACGCUUUGAUCUCUACGGCUGUGAUAUUGUUAAUUUACCUAAAGCUGCAGUUGAUAUUCCACAAGUCGUUCUUUCAACUCCCAAGUCCCCUAAAACAAUAGCAUGUGGUAUACUGGGUGAACCAACACCUGACUUACAGUGGUUUAACGAUGGAACAAAGAUCAACGGUGCAACACAAUCAACACUACAAGUACAGUUUACCUCUACUGAAGACGUGGCGUCCAAGUACAACUGUACGAGACAAGAUCCCAACACACGAGCUGCGGUCUGUAACACAUUCUACACUUGUAGAGCAACGUACCCAAACUACGUGGCAAGCGGAGGAAUAGAUGAGUCAUCGGUGAAAGUAACGGUGAAUCUAAAUGUGCCACAAGCUCCUUUUGUCACAGCAGUUCCAUUCCAACGUUAUAUACGCCUGAGCUGGAUCUUGCCAAACCCGACUGUUAAGGAAGGAGCAAUUAGUGGCUGUCUAAUAGAGUUAAACAACCAGAGUUCUAUCAUGACUAUAUCUGCUGGUCAUCAAGCUUCUCCUUUCACCUUGACGAACCUCAAGCCCUAUACAAACUAUGAUGUGAGAAUGAGCGUAAAGAACAUGGUGGGACAAGGACUGUGGAGCAAAUAUCUUCAUAUCAAAACCACGAUAGCGGGUAAUACAUAG